AUGUCUGCGACUGAAGCAACCAACCAGCAAGAGCUGGAGAAGGACGUGGGCCCCUCUGGCCUCAACGGCGUGAACGGCGGCGCCCCCAUCCAGCCCCAGAUGUCCGCCGAAGAGCACCAGGUAGCACGCGCCGCCGCACGCUUCGGCUACGGACCCCUCGCCCACGUCAACACCGUCGAGGCAUCUUUGCCCCCCUUCGGUGGUGAGUUCCAGCCCGGUCUGUACAAGUCCGUCGAGGGCCGCAAGUUUGCCAAUCCCGCUCCUCUCGGCCUGAGCGCUUUCGCCCUCACCACUUUCGUCCUGAGCGCCAUCAACAUGGGUACCCUGGAUAUCGCCAGCCCCAACAUUGUGGUCGGCCUUGCGUUUGGUUACGGUGGACUCGUCCAGCUUCUUUCCGGCAUGUGGGAAAUGGCUGUUGGUAACACUUUCGGUGCUACUGCUCUCUCCUCCUACGGUGGUUUCUGGAUCGCGUUCGCUAUGGUCUUGACCCCCGGUGGGUUCGAGAUCGAGAGUUCGCUCGGCGGUGCAGGCCCCAAAUUCUAUAACUCCAUGGGUCUUUUCCUGAUGGGUUGGUUCAUCUUCACCACCAUCAUGCUGUUCUGCACCCUCAAGUCCACCGUCGCUUUCUUCUUGCUGUUCUUCACCCUGGACCUGACCUUCCUCCUGCUUGGUAUCUGCUACCUGCACCGCGGUGAGGACGGCAAGCCCAACGUCCCCAUCCAGAAAGCCGGUGGUUUCUUCGGUUUCCUGGCUGCUUUCGCCGCCUGGUACAAUGCCCUUGCCGGUAUCGCCGAUACUAGCAACAGCUUCUUCAUCAUCCCCGUCGCUCACUUCCCCUGGUCCCCCACUGGCCGUGUCCGCCGUGGUAAGACUGAUCGUGAGCAAGCAUAA